AUGUCUUCCCCAAAAUCCCGUGCCCAGUCUUCCUCUGUUCCAGUUCCUCCAGAUUAUAUUACCGGGACUGGAAUUGACAACCACGCGAUAGAGGUUAGGAGCAAACUCCAUCCUUUUGCUCAGAAAAACCUAGAUGAGAAUGUCCUCCAUUUGUUCGAGAAUACUCUUGUUUGGCCCAAUUCCGACUGA